AAGCAGUGGUAGAGUAAUUAUUAGGGGAAACUGGCUGUAAAGUGUAAACACAAAUUCUUAUCAAGAGUUUGCCUUGGUCUUCUCUCCAGUCCACCGCCUUACCUUCUCGUGACUCAUAUAUAUUUUCCCACGUGUACUUCUCCUCUUCUCCUGCUCCCCCAUUUGCUUCUCUCUUUCAAUUGUCACUAUCUUUCUCAUUCUCAGGAUUAUCGUGCAAAAAAAUGGGAAGGAAGAAGAUAGAGAUCAAGCCAAUCAAGGACAAGACUAAUAGGCAAGUGACAUUCUCAAAAAGAAGAAGGGGAUUGUUUAAGAAAGUCAAAGAACUUUCUAUUCUCUGCGAUGCAGAAGUUGCUGCAAUUGUUUUCUCUAACCGUGAAAAAUUAUCUGAGUGCUUUCAUGGCAACAGGUUGAGCACUUUGGAUGCAAUUCUUCAACAAUAUCAUGAUGUCUCUCACGCAGAAGGAAAAGAAGUCGCUAAAAUUCAUGAAUCUGAGAACUCGGAGUGUGCAAAGAGCCCGGUUAACAAAAAUCUCUUGCAAGUUCAAAGGUACCUUGAUGAAUUGAAUUUGGACCAGCUCACUGUGACUAACCUUGAACAACUACAGAGUGAACUGGAAACUACACUAGCACAAACGAGAACAACAAAGGUCUCGCUCAAUACACAGAUGAUGGAACCAGCAAUAACUCUUCAUGAAAAGGCAAAAUUGCUAAUGGAAGAAAACAAGCUCUUGAAGCGGAAGAUAACUGCAAUGGAAAAGGAAAACACAGAUGCAAAGGAGAGGGAUGAUAACAGGGAGGUAAAUCUGGAAUUCCACAACCUUGCAGAUAAUGAGACAGAUCGUUCACCACCGCAGCAAACACUUAGUUUGCUUUUUCAGUGAUAUGAUACAUCCAUCAUCAAGGACCACCUGAAGGGAGACAUCUGAUCAGAAUCUCAAACAGAAUGAGAGCAUGUUGCAGUAGUGUUUCUAAAUCUCUAAAUGCUUGCUUUGCAGCCAGAGUUAUGGAGAUUAAGCUUAUCCAAAUGCCAAGAUAAUAUUACUCUGGCCCUUGCAAUAAAUAAAUAAAAUAAUAAACCUGUGCAAGGACUGUGUUAUGCAAGCAUUCUGUUCUGUUAACUAUUUGCUUUGUAGUGUUUACUAUUUGGUGUUUGUAAUAAAGAUCUGCUUAAACUGUGUUCUUUAAUCUUUUGCUA